AUGCCGGGCAAAGUAUUAGGUGAGAAAGCACCUUUCUAUAAACAAAGCAAUGUCCCACCCCACCGUACCUACUUUGACUCUGCCGAAUUUGUUCUAAAAUCUGCACAUAACCCAUCCGAGAUCUCCGAAAAGAACACUGGUACCGAGCGCCCGCAACACGCUAGCAUCCCUCAGCCAUUUUGCGCCGUGCCUGGCACCAGUAAUGUUUGUAAGACGGCGAAUAAUGGAUUUCAGAAUACCAGUCACGAAUAUCAGAAUUACCAGAGUCCUCUCCAUGAAAACUAG